CUGCACUGUGAGAAUCAUCCAGGUGUAUAAAACGGGAGCAGAGCUGAAGGCGAGCAGGAACGCAUCGGAUCCGCUGUGUGGACGUACAGCAGCUGUUCAGGUUCGAGACUUUGAGCAGAGGAGGGGAAGAAAACCAAAGAACACAACUUCCUUCAGAGCUCAUGUGUAAAGUGAUGUUCCAAAGAAGCGGUCCCCAGAUGCUUCUCCUUAUAGCCCUGUGCAGUGUGUUAUACUCCCGGACUCUAAGUCUACCGUACACGUCAAUGAGACCGACGAGACACGCAGACGGUCUGUUCACCAGCGGAUACAGCAAACUCCUGGGACAGCUAUCAGCGAGGAGAUACCUGGAGUCUCUGAUCGGGAAGCGGGUCAGUGAUGACCUGAUGGAUGAGCCGGUGAAGCGCCACUCAGACGCCAUCUUCACAGACAACUACAGCCGCUUCCGCAAACAGAUGGCUGUCAAAAAGUACCUCAACUCUGUCCUAACAGGGAAAAGAAGCCUAGAAGACCCAGGAACCAGUGAGCCAGAGGAGUCCAGGGACGAACCGAACACGUUUCAGGAGAGUUAUGACGACAUCAAUGUAGACCACCUCCUAAACAAACUUCAGCUGCCACUUUGAGGAGAGGUCCGCACUUGACUAUAUACCUCAUCCUAUAAAAAAAGCUCUUUGUAAAGAAAUAAUACACACCUGGUAUUAAUCCAAAGGAUGCUCCAAAUCAGAUCAACCAACGACAAGGUGUUUUCCAGUGUGGUGAUUUAUCUAUCCAUCUCCACAUGCUCACACUGUAUUAUAUUUAAACAAUAACAAAAGACUCUUCUGGCUGAGUUUAUGUGCAGGCACGGCGGGCAAACGGCAACAGGAAAUUUAACAGAAGGAUUAUGUUUGUUGUUUAUGUUAUAUUAUUGAGUUAUGAUUUAUUUUCUGCAUUUAAAAUAAAAACAAGCCCUGGUAGACUUCAGGUUCAACCAGGGAGUCACAAAUGACUUUAAUUUCAUAUUUAACUCAAUUCAAAUGGAACAACUUCUCCUAAUCGUUGCUUUGCUUCAUUUUAUUAUGAGAUUUAUUUCCCCCUUUCAACAAGUCUAAACUACCUUUCAGUGGAUGAAAACAUAACCGUAAUGGUGAUUUUUGUUGAAAUGUUCACUGUGUAAAAUAAAACGUUCCCUUGUUGGAGCAAAUCUAAGCUCCGCUGGGCAAAUUUAUGGUAAAGUAUAGCUUGUAAAUGCUCAUCUGAAUGUAAUUUUGUUUGGUAUGUUUAAACUCUGAAUCUGAACUUUGAAUCGACUAAUUAGGUCAGGAGCCUUUAGUGAAAAUUCUGUAAUAAGAAUAAAAUUUCUGCUCCAAUAAAAUAAUUUCUAUUGGAUUUCAGUGAGAACAUUAACCCUCUGGAGGCAGGCGUUGCAGAUGUGCAACGUUAAAACCUACCUACCUGGUUACUCCACAUACGUGGAGCAUUUUUAAACUCAGAAGCACCCCUGAAGGACUUAGUUGUUCGUCCUUUUAUCAAAACUUGAGCCUGAGAGAAUUAAAUGAAAAAAAAAAUUUCAUUGCUUUAUUUGUUUUUAGUCUUUCUAUAAAUCAUCAAAUUAAUUCUGUUUUUUUUUUCAAUAAUUAUGAAAAAUCCCAUUUUAUUUGUUUGUUUUAUUGCUGGGGCUCACAAUGUUAUGAUUGUGAAGUGUUUUGUGAUUAUAAUGAAUAAAAGACAACUGUAUAGGGAAGAGGAAAUCAUGAUGAAAGAACACAGAUGCAUUUAAUCACUUUCUAUGUAGGUCAACACUGUUUUAUCUGUGCAUAGCGCUGCCUUUAGCACAUUUAGUGAUGUUCACCACUGACCAAAUAAAAGAUGUGGGUUUAUUUUUCAAAGCUGA